AGGGAGAGGAGAUAGUUCGACUCCGGGCGUUGUGUGGAGCGCAACUCGAAGCCAGAACGUAGCGACAACGUGCAGUGCGAGUGUGGCGUGUGUGCUGGCUGUUUGUAUGCAUGUUGUACACAUAGAUAGAAUUUAGAGGCAAACGGAGUGGUAGUAAACGACGGCACGAGGAAGAGGAUUAUGUUGUUGGAGCAACAAUACCAUCAGUGAUUAUUGACUUUAUCCGUUAUUUUUGCGUCGGAAUUUGAAAGUAUGUCCGUGGUCGGCGGCGGAGGCAAGAACGGUGAUCUGGUGCGGAAGAGCCAGGAGGGUCUGGAGAUGGACGCCAUCGCCGGAGACGAGAAACGCACCAGGUUCCAGGUGAACAGGGUGCGCAACGAGACGCCCGACGACACCGUCGUCAUCAACGUCAACGAUGACAAUGUGGAGGAUAACGAGAACCUCCUCACCGUCACGGACAGGACGCGCCUCAACUCCGACACCUACGACACCAAAUACGUUAAGAGCUUCAGGCACUUGACCAGAGAGGCGUUACCUAGGUUGGACAACUACAGGAACAUCUUGUCUUUGCAGGCGGCAAACAGGCCAACGCUCGACGAGCUGCACAACGCAACCCUGCCGAAUAAAGGCCAACAGAAUCCGGCGCACGGCCUCAACGGUAAGGACGAAGGUGCACAGGUGAAAUUCGGUUGGAUCCAAGGUGUCCUGGUGCGAUGCCUCCUGAAUAUUUGGGGCGUGAUGCUCUUCCUCCGACUCUCCUGGGUCGUCGCCCAAGCAGGAGUUGGACAAGCGAUUUUAUUAAUUUUAACUACGACGGCUGUGACCACCAUAACUUCCCUAUCGAUGUCCGCCAUCAGCACGAACGGCGUGAUCAAAGGCGGUGGUACAUACUACAUGAUUUCGAGAAGUUUAGGACCCGAAUUCGGCGGAUCCAUCGGUCUGAUCUUCUCGAUGGCGAACGCCGUCGCUUGCGCUAUGUACGUGGUAGGCUUCUGCGAGUCCAUCAUGGAUCUGCUAAAGUCCUUCGGCUUAUUCAUCGUCGACGGCGGAGUUCAGGAUGUGCGGAUCAUCGGUUCGAUCACUAUAAUCAUUCUGUUGGUCAUCGUUGUCGUCGGAAUGGAAUGGGAAGCCAAGGCCCAGAUGGGUCUGCUGGUGAUUCUGCUUAUAGCCAUAGUGGAUUUCAUGGUGGGCAGCGUUAUUCCACCCUCCGAUGAGGCUCACGCCAAAGGAUUCGUGGGAUACAACCUGACGGUGUUUAUGGAAAAUAUAGAGCCCGAUUAUCGCGUCGACGAGAACGGCGUGACUCACAACUUCUUCUCGGUCUUCGCCAUCUUCUUCCCAGCAGCUACAGGGAUUCUGGCCGGAGCAAACAUCUCUGGAGAUCUUCGCGAUCCACAAAGUGCUAUUCCCAAGGGAACGAUUCUAGCCAUCGCCGUUACCACUUUCAGCUAUAUAGUUAUGGCAAUAGUGUGUGGCUUUACAGUGGUAAGAGAUGCAACUGGAAAUAUUGAAGAUUUCUUCAAUGGCACGUUUAGGGAUUGCGCUCCUGGGGAGUGUCUGUACGGUAGUCAAAAUAGUUUCCAGGUCAUCGAGUUAGUGUCAUGGAUUGGGCCAAUUAUAUAUGCUGGCUGUUUCGCAGCUACCUUGUCUUCCGCCUUGGCCUCUCUGGUUUCAGCCCCAAAGGUCUUCCAAGCGCUCUGCAAAGAUAAACUGUAUCCGAAAAUCGAAUGGUUCGCCAAAGGGUACGGCCAAAACAACGAACCCGUCCGCGGCUACAUACUCACCUUCAUCAUCGCAGUCGCCUUCAUCUUAAUAGGUGAACUGAACUUGAUCGCUCCAUUGAUUUCGAAUUUCUUCUUGGCCGCGUACACCCUGAUCAACUUCUCCACAUUCCAUGCGUCUCUCGCCAAACCAGUCGGCUGGAGACCUACGUUCAAGUAUUAUAAUAUGUGGUUGAGCUUGCUCGGCUCCAUCCUAUGCGUCCUCGUCAUGUUCUUAAUCUCGUGGUGGACGGCCUUACUCACUCUGGCCGUGGUUUUAGCUCUGUAUUUGAUUGUAGCGUACAGAAAACCAGAUGUAAAUUGGGGCUCUACUACUCAAGCUCAGAUAUACAAGAAUGCCCUGCAGACCGUCCAUCAACUCAACAACGUGGAGGAACACGUUAAGAAUUAUAGGCCUCAAAUAUUGGUGCUGUCGGGAAUGCCGAGCGCCCGUCCAUCUCUGGUCGACUUUGCCAACAUGAUUACGAAGAAUAUCUCUUUGUUGGUGUGCGGCCACAUCAACACGAGCGUGUUGCAUCAAAGGGUCCGAAGCAUAUCUCACGACAAAGCUCUGUCUUGGCUCAAGACGCACAAGCUGAAAGCUUUUUACAUGCAAGUCGAUGGAUGCACCUUCGAGGAGGGCAGCAGUGCUCUACUGAAGGCAUGCGGUAUCGGUAAAUUGCGUCCGAACAUCCUGCUCGUAGGUCACAAAUCUGACUGGCAGAAAUGCAGCAGGGACGAUUUGAAUUCGUACUUUGAAGUCUUGCACAAUGCCUUGGAUCUUCACAUGGGUGUCGGCAUUCUGAGGUUACAGACCGGCUUGGACUUUAGCCAGCAGAUGGAGGACGAGCAGAAUAACGGCUCUUCAAUUCCAAGGAAUCAAUCUUACAGUCACUUAUCGCAAGGUAGCAGCUGCAGCGAUGUAUCAGUACCAGCGACUCCUCUGUCUAGGAGCAAAGAUGGUGCGAUCAGCAGUAGUCCUAACGCCGAAGAGGAGUCGCUGAAGAAGAAAAAGAUCAUCUACGAUGGUCCAGACGCCACCGAAGAGUUGCCCAAGGAAAUCUUGAGUCAGAUGUUCCAAUUCCAGAAGAAGCAGAAGAGAGGCGGAACCAUCGAUGUAUGGUGGUUAUACGAUGACGGAGGUUUAACUCUGUUAUUGCCGUACAUCAUAUCGACCCGUCGCAAUUGGAGCAACUGCAAAUUGAGGGUAUUCGCGCUGGCAAACAAGAGAGACGAAUUGGAGUUCGAACACCGCAACAUGGCCAGUCUUUUGGCCAAGUUCCGUAUAGAUUAUUCAGAUCUUCAAGUCGUCCCAGACAUCACCAGCAAACCGGCCGAGCAGACGCAGCAGUUCUUCGAUUCCCUCAUUGCCGAUUUCCGCGUGCAAACAAACAAAGAGGAUCCUGAUUCUGUUGAAAUAUCGGAUGCCGAGCUGCUGGCCGUGAAGGAUAAAACCAACAGACAUCUGCGUCUGAGGGAGCUCAUGCUGGAGCAUUCGCACGAAGCCAAUCUGGUGGUGAUGACUCUGCCGAUGCCCAGGAAGAACAUUGUUUCGGCGCCGCUCUACUUGGCCUGGCUGGAGCUUCUGACCAGAGACAUGCCUCCGAUUCUUCUGGUGCGCGGCAAUCAAACCUCCGUCCUGACUUUCUAUUCAUAAUUUUUAUCACAGAAACACACACACACCUUCCUCACAUAUAAUACGUACAUACAUACAAA